UUUAUUCACAGGAAAAAAAAAAACAGCUGUUGUUGAAAAAGAAAACAUCAAACUACAUUUGCUUGGCGCAUGCCUUGCCUUCAUAUCCUCGCAGACUUAAAUACCGAUGCCGGCCUCAGAAGGAGGACCAGCUCCUCAUGACUCUCAGCCUAAGAUGAAGAGGCCAGAUGAGGAUGGGGAGGCUCUGCCAUCAAAAACUGCACCAGCUACCAUUAAUAGAGCCCUUAAAACAGGAACUGCAGGAGAAACGACAGCAGCUCCCAGGACUAAGAAAAAACGGUCUGCCUCAGCGGAAAGAGGAAUUAAGCCUGCCAAGUCAUCCAAACAGAGUUCCCCUCCAAAGGAUUCCAGCAAAAACAUUUCUGAUCCACCUGUUAAAAAAGCCAAGCUCCUAAAAGCCACAAGUGCCUCCUGUGGAGAAGCUCCCUCCAAAGCUAACACCAAAGCUUCCCUAAAGCGAACAGCCUCCACAGAGUCAGAGGAUGAAUUCAGUAGUGAUGGUAGUAAGACUGACCUCUUCAGAGAGAGGGAUGAAGGGGACAAGGCCCGCUGCAUCCGAAAAUAUUCUAAUAGAGUAAAAGCCAAGCGCAAAGCUGAGGAGCUGCCGUCUGACCUUCAGGAAACAAGCCAAGGUUCCCCAUCAGAACCAGGGGGCACCAUUCAGAUGGACCAUAAUUAUGGUAGAUUUUCUGAUUCAUCAAGUGGGCAAAGUGUGAGUGAAAAUUUUCAGGAUGAGAAAAAAGAAUCUGUUACUGAAAGUGAGGGUAACAACAUUUUAGUUCAUGCUGCCCAAGUAGAGUCAAUGGAAACAUUGGUCUCUGUUGAUCAAAGUAAGCAUGAGGAAUUAAAAACAUCAGAAAACCAGAGGCUGGAGGAUAAGGAAAUACCUGCAUCAUGUAGAGAAACUCUAGACUGUGUCAGUGAAGUCACAGAUACACCUGGCAUCACAUCGGAGGUAGGAGAAAGUGAAAAGACAGACCUUGAGGAUUCCUUAAAAAGUCAAAAGGUUUCAGAUAAUGAAACACAAACCUCUCCACAGGAUAAACUGUAUUCUAGGCAGGCAAAUGAAAAGACAGAUUCAGCUCAGAGAGAUGUGAGCAGUAAACCUGACAUACAGGAGGCCACAGAAUCUGUGUCUGAGGAGGUGAGGUUAGAUAUCAAAUGUCAAAGUAAGGAAGGAGAGCAUAAAGUGCAGGGAGUCGUUGAAGCAGCCAGUAUCUCUGCCGGUAUAGAAGCACUGUGUCACGAUAAAAGCAUAAGUCGAAUUCCUGAUAGACAGACUGAGGAAAAUGUAAUGACGACAACAGAGUCUGUUGGCAACCCAAUGACUCAGACAGACCUCAGUUUUAAAAUUCAAGUUAGUUUUAAAGCAGAAUCAAAGUCUGAUCAUCUACAGGAUGGGGUAAGCCAUGAAGUGACAGGUAGAAAUUCCAACUCAUGCGAUGUGAACGAUAUAAUCAGAAAGUCUGAAGAAAAGCUUGAAGACAGUGAAAGAAAAGGAGUGGAGUUCCUGUCGAGUCAGGUUGUUGAGGGACCGCAGUCUUUAACUGAUGUGCAACUGAGGCAAGAGGUCAGGACGACUGAAAGCUGUAUAGAAACACUGACACCAGAUUGUAAGGCUGCUCAAGAGCAGACUCACAGCGAGGUGCUUUCCGCUUGUGUCACAGUCUCAGAGGGUCAGAUAGACGUGGACACACAGACUAAAAUAACAACAGAGGAGAUGUCUGACUCCGCACAAAACCAUGAGAACCACAGAGUGAAUGAGAAAACUACAGAAACAAUUGUUGAGAUCGAGGAAAAUUCCACAAGUAUGGAAGAAGAAAUGAAGAUUAAACAUAAUAGUCAAGUCAAAAUGGAUUUACAGGCUUCGGCUACAUCACAUCAUCAAAUGUUUAAUCAGGAUGCAACAGUGGAAAUACGAAGCCAAGAGAGCGAGGAAUCUACCACAUGUAAUCAGGAUAAUGUGGUCAACUCCAAAACAAUGGAAAAUAAGGGCAUAGUAACCUUUGAACUGGCUGUUGGACCUGAGAGCCAAGUCGAAACAGAAACACAGAUUACACCAACAUCAGAGAUUUGUAGUCCAGUACCUACAGUUGAGGUUAAAAGCCAGGAAGUCAUUGAAUGCACCACAAACAUAUCUAUUCAGAGUCAACCAGAUGUUGUUAUUGGAAAUUCUGAAAUAUUGGAAAAUGAAGAUGUGGUGAAAGUUGAUUUUACUAGUGGACCUGAGGGUGUGACGAUAAUGACAUCAGAGAUCUCUACAAUGGAAGAACAAAGCCAGGAGAGUUCACAAACCGGAGGAGGAGGAACAGAAGACGUGUCUGAUAAAGCACAGACACUUCCAAUUAGAAAUAGUCAGAGCACUGAAGAUGAAGGCAGGGUGUAUGUUGAAUGUGUUAAUGCUGCUGCUGAGACUCAAAUAGAAGUGGACAUGGAGACUACAGCAACAUCAUCAGAGGUUUCUGAUUUGGCACCUACAAUAGAAACACAAGUCGGGAACAGCCAAGAAGCCACUGAACCCGCAGAAGACGCUUUUGUGAAGGUUCAAAAAGGCCCCAUGAUUCAGACUCCCGGGAGUAACGGAAAGGAAAACGAAGUUAUCAAAGAAUGUGUCACUGUAACUGAAAAUCAAAGAGAAAUGGAUUUACAGACAGCAACAACACCAGAGGAGGUUUUUGAUGCAGCAAAUACAGAAGAAACUAAAGUCAAGAAGAGCAAAGAAGCCUCUGAACCCACAGCAAACAUAUCGGAAAAAGUACAAGAAGGCCUAAUGAUUCAAAUUCCUGAGACUGACAAAAACGAUACCAAGUUAAUCAAAGAAUGCAUCGGUACAACAGAGAAUCAAAGAGAAAUGGAUUUGCAGACAGCAGCAACACCAGAAGACUUUUCUGAUCAAACAACAGCACAAAAACAAAGCCAGAGAGGUCAGAGAGUCGAUGACCAUACGACAGACAUUGAAGUGCAGACGGAUGUUAUCAUUGCCAAUACUGAGAGUGAAGAAAACAAGGUUAUCACAGAAUGUGAGGAUGCUCCUGAGAAUCAAACAGAAAUGGAUUCACAAGCAACAAUAGCACCAGAUGAGAUGUGUAUUCCAACAUCACCAGUGGAAAUACAAAGCCAAGAGGUCAGUGAACACAGUACAAAAGAUCUGGUGACUUCAGGUUGUGAAAAUGAAGACAAUGUGAUCUCUGAAUGUGAUGAUGUACCAGGCCUUCUUGUAAAUAUGGAAACAACACCAAUGGUAACGGAGAUUCCUGAUGCAGCAGAACAGCAAAACCAGGGGACGGUUGAUGUUGAGGAACAAAGUAAUACUUUAUCAAAUGGCAUCCCAAAACCUUUUCCUUUGGCUGAUUCUGAUCGUAGAAAAAAUCAAGACAUGCAGCCAAAUUCAAGAGCUGUUACUAUCCAAGCUGAUAUGGAGCUUUUAAGGGAACCAUUAGAACAGGUAGAUUCUGUGAUAGAAGAGGAAACCGGGAGCAAAGUGAUUAAUGAGGUCAAAGAAGCGGGUGUUAUCGUUUCCUCUGAUAAGGCUGACCAAACAGUCUGUAAUAUUGAAGGACACAGAGGAGGAGCUGGAAGCAAUGAAGUGAUAGUUUUUGUUUGCAACCAACCAGACGACAUGGAUGUUGUAAUUCAGGCUUCAGAAGAGCAGAAUAAGAUGGUCAGCCAGUCGGAGGUUGAGAUACAUGAACACCAGGUGGUCUAUGAGCCCAUUAGUAGCCCAGAGAGUAAUGAUGAUAGAGACAUUUCCACAGUACCAGUGAACCAUGGUGGCUUUUCUUCGCUGGAUGUACAUAACUCAGAGACCCAUCGGAUUGAAGGAGAUUUCUCUACAAAUGGAGAAAACAGGGACAUUUGUCACCAACAACUGGAAGCUGCUGAGCAACUAAUUUGCGCCUCAGACAGCCAAGAAGUAAAAAUGGAAGUACAGACUUUCGGUGUGCCAGAGAGUUGUGUGUCUGCACAGUUCGAGCAGGGUGAAACAAGUGUGGAUUUGAAACAAGUGGCCGUGAUCAGCUCUAGCGAUGACAUCAGCAUGCCAGAUGGCCAGUCUGAAGUUGUGACAGAGAAAAGUGUGAGGAACGGGUAUCCAGACUGUGUAGGUGCCACAGAGGUUUCCGACCACGUGCAGGAGGACGCUGGGCUCCAGGAGGUUACAGACGUCACAGUGACAACUACCACAGCCACAACUGAAGUUGAAAUUCCAGAUAGUACCUCAGAGCAAUUUGUAAUCUUGGAACCAGUCCUAGAGAAUGAAAUUCACUUUGAUAUUGUUACUCAAGCUGCAGCUGAAUCGGGAUUGUCAGCCUCGCUUUCAGAGCAUUUUAGCCCAGACAGUGCUUUAGUAGGCGAUGUGGAAAAUCAGCAGGCUUUAAAUGGUUCCCAUCAAAAUGUCACGAUCCCUGAAGGGAAAAUGCAGCAGUGUCAAACAUCUGGGGAUGUCAGAGAUCCCACACCAUCCAAUUCAAGUGAUUGGGUGAUCAGGCCUGCAGCAGAAAUUCCCCCUGAGGAUAGCGUUGAGGGUGUUCACAAUUCUGACCAUAGCCAGCAACACUCGUCUGACAUCAUGGAAUUUAAUGCUCCAGAGAUUGAAAUAACAAACCAUCAAGUCAUGAAUGAAGACUGUAAUGAUCUGGUGUUAGAAAAUUCGGAUGAUUUGGUUUUACAAGAAGUGCAGAUUCUGGAGGAAAUAGAGAUUGGUCGUGAGAUCGUAGUAGCAGAGGAGGAGAACGAUGAAGAUACUGACAUUUCAAUCAUAGAAAAGCCCCAAGAAACACCCAAGGAGGUCCCUGCUAACACCUUGGAGGUAAAGGUUGAUGAGACAAAGAAAAGUGACAACUGCGUCACUAACUUGAAGCAAAAAAGAACAACUGAGAAGACUGAUGAUGACAAAAAGGGAGUUGAGGCAGGAAAACCCAAGAAACAAGAAAUGAAUACUCAGGCCAGAACCAAAGCCCGCCUGGCAGCUCUGGCUGAGCAAAAGGCUGCAGCAGCUAAGAGACCAGCAAAUAGACAGCAGAUGAACCUCUUAGCCCUUUGUCAGGAGAUUGCAGAGGACAUUGCUACCGACAGUAUGCUUUUGAAGAGGAUAGAGGAAGAAAAGCAAGCGGCGGCGGCAGCAGCAGUGGUGGCAGCGGCAGCAGCAGUAAAAAGUGAAGCCGGCAAAAAGGAAAGUCAACCUGAGAAAACACAGGAGGUAGACACUGUUAAUGUUGCUCCACCUGCAGGACCAGAAGAGUGCUCUGCUUCUGCAACACCUGCGACUGAGGAGGCAUCUGUAGCCCAGGUCUCCACGGCGGCUUCAGCUGUGGCUCAGCCUGCUGAAGAGUCAAAGCCUGCUGAAGAGUCCAAGCCUGCUGCAGAGACUCCAAAGAGGCGUUUCUUCAUCUCACAGGUUUCUGUGCCACUAAAAGCACACGAGAAAAAGAAGCUGACUAGGUAUCAGAGACUAAGACAGGUUGAACUGCAGAGAGAGAAAAUGUCCUGGGCACGUGUAAAGAAACUUAAAUCUGAUCAAGCGAAUCAGAUGUUUUCAGACAUGGAUUGGCAAGGACCCCUCUCUUCGUUUUCUGUGACUCCUGUGAGCAUUGCUCCACAACCAGCAGCCAGUCCUUCUAAAACUCCUCUCCCAAGUCCUUCCUCAACCAGCAAGCCUGCAUCACCCAAGGCAGAAGUUUCCAAGGUAGACAGUCCUAAGGCUGAACCUGCUAAAACAGAAACCCCUCAAACCGACCCUACCAACAAGGAACCUACAACAACUGAACCUAGUAAACCUGAACCUGCUACAACUCCAACCUCUAAAACUGGGACUCCUGUAACUGAAACCCGUAAAUCUACAAGGCUGAGUCAGGCUCAAACUUCAAAAGCAAACACAACUCCUGCCCCAAAAGCGACCAAAUCACCAGCCAAGAGGACCCUCCCAGCAGUACCCCCUCCCAUGCCCAAUGGACUCAAAUCUCAAAAACAGAAGCCUGUUGAGUACAUUCCAUACAAACCCAGGCCUAAGUAUUCCUUUGAUGACUUUGAACUCGAUGAUGACCCCUUACCUGUAGCUCCAACAAAGCCCAGGCCUCAGACAAGACCCAUGCAGACGACACGACCAAACAUUCAGUCAAACCCAGCAGCUCAAUCUAGACCCACAGUUUCAUCACAACUUGCCGCCCAAGCAAAAUUAAAAGCUCAGACCACAGCUGCUGGACAGAUCUCAGGUCAGUCAAAGCCCUCUGGUUUCCCCCAUCCACAGUCAAAGUCUGCUGUUGCGUCAACGCCCCAGUCAAAAGCACCAGCGACUCUGGCAGCUUCUUCAAAAGGUGUCCCUUCAGCUCAGGCUCAGUUAAAGUCUCCUGUUUUGACCACUCCUCAGCCAAAAACUGUUUCAGCUUCAGGUCAGGCCAAGACUGGUGCUUCUGCUUCUCCCCAAUUAAAGCCUGCUGGAAGUGGGAGUACAUUCCAGGUCAAGCAGUCCACUUCAACAACCCCCCAGCCUGCUGCUUCAAUCACAUCUGAAACAAAGCCUGCUGCUGCUCUUAAUGCUAAUUCUCAUAAACCCCCAAGUUCAACGUCAGCAGAAGACAGCAAAUGCAAGGAAACUGCUGGUCCACUUCCAUCAGCUCCCACAUCCUCUGUUCCCUCAGGAGUAAACUCCAAGGAGUCUGAUGGCACGCAGAAGUGUGAAGAAAAGCCAACUGUCGCUGCUGUUGAUCCUUCUCCGGUGGAUAAAACAGAAACAGACAAGACAUCUGAAAAACCUUGUCAAGUAAGAGCAGCCAAGCCCAAAGACGGCGAGACUCCCCUCUCUGAAGCUUCUCUGCAAAAAGAAGUCAAGAAGCUAAAAGAGACAGAUAAAGAUGGCACCCAAACAAUUAUUGAUGCGGGACAGAAGCACUUUGGAGCGGUGGCCUGCGGUGUGUGUGGGAUGCUCUACUCUGCUGCCAACCCUGAAGAUGAAUCUCAACAUUUACUUUUCCACAACCAGUUCAUCAGCGCUGUCAAAUACGUGGGAUGGAAAAAGGAGAGGAUUCUCGCAGAGUUUCCCGAUGGCAAGAUCAUUCUUGUCCUGCCAGACGAUCCCAAAUAUGCUCUGAAGAAGGUGGAGGAGAUCAGGGAGAUGGUGGACAAUGACCUCGGCUUCCAGCAGGUGGAGACAAAGUGUCCCUCUCAAACCAAGACGUUCCUCUUUAUCUCCAACGACAAGAAAGUGGGCGGCUGCCUGAUAGCAGAGCACAUACAAGAGGGGUACAGAGUGAUCGAGGAGCCCUCACCUGAAGGCUCUGAGGGAGAGAAGGUGAUGUUUGAACGUCAGAGAGCUUGGUGCUGCUCGACCACUGCAGAGCCGGCCAUCUGUGGAAUCAGCCGCAUCUGGGUCGUCAACAUGAUGAGACGCCUGGGCAUCGCCUCGCGCAUGCUCGAGUGCCUCAGGAACAACUUUGUCUUCGGCUCAUACCUGAGAAAAGAUGAGAUUGCUUUCUCCGACCCCACGCCCGAUGGAAAACUCUUUGCCACGCAUUAUUUUGGCACUUCUCAGUUUUUGGUUUAUAACUUUGUGAGUGGAACUCCUUCAUCCCAGCCCAAAACGGAUGCAGUAUGACAGUCUUCAGGAGAGGUAACAUCGGAUUUAACCGAGACACUCACUGACCAACUGGACGCAGCGUCUAACACAGAAUCUGUAUUAGGAUCAUUAACAAAAAGAAGAAGCUGUAAACGACUCCUUGGAGAAGACACAUUGGUUUAAAUCUCAGGAUGAAAACAACAAGGUGUUGUUUAAAAAAAAAGUUAUUAAUUCACCCUUUAACCCCUUCCUGAAUCGUAUUUUCUCAAAAAGAGUAUUUUCUUUUAUACAUUUUUAAGUAAACAAUUGGUCUUAUUAUCAGUAUCGAGUUUACACGCAUGAACUGACAGCAAUAGAAAUCAGAGCAUUUCAUUCUACUCUCAAUCCCUGAAAGGUGAACAACGGACUGCAUUGAUAACGAUUCCUGUCCUGUUUUAUACUCAAACAAUGUAACAUGUACAAGGAGCUUUUGUUCAUGUUUAACUCUUUACAGUCGGCUGUUUGCUCUAAGCAUUCUCCAUGAUGCUUCCACAUCACGGUUACGGUUGAAGGCGGUUCGGGUUGAUGUAUUUUUCCCACCAGUGCCCUUGAUUUCACUUUCCCGUUUAUUGCAACAUUUCAAACCAAUCAUGUACACCAGGCGACUGCAUCGGUUGGACUCAUUUCCAGCAUCAGUUUGGAGCGACGUCGUGCGUCAGGAGAAACUGUAGCUUGGGCAUUUAUCGACUGCUCUAACUUUCUUAGAUCACCUCGCCUGUUUUUUUUCCAAGCUGAGCCAUAAACUGUACACCAUUUAGCAGGGCAUUGUAGCCUAUACUGUAUGGGUGAUCUUUUUUAUUUUUAAUUUCUCAGAGACUGUCUAUUGCUUUGUUUGUGCCUGAAUGAAUAAUGUGCGAUUUCAUUUUUUUGUUCAUGUUUGCCGACCAUACUUGGCUUUUUAUUGCAUUAGUCUAGAGUAUCAUCCUCCUACUUCUUAGUGGAAACAGAUUCAAAUGUAUAUCAAAUUAUAAUGUGGAUUUAUGAAUACUAUAACAAAGUGUCUAAUGGAAAUGAUGUGCACCAUCAGGGUCUAACAGGUAUUUGAAUGAUGCUCAUCCAGGUUGGCCUUCAUGAGUAUUUGCUCAGUGACUAACACAAGGCUUCGAGAUGAAGCCACUCACUACACAGACGUUCAGUAUCAUUGUAAUCCAUCCCUUAGGUUCUUCUUUCCUCUCGUUGCUUUUAGAAGGGUGUGUCGUGUAAGAAAAAGUACUUUGAUUUAUACGAAGCUGUUAUGUAAAUAUUUAUUUAAAUAAUAAACGAUUUAAAACA